AGAUAGUGCAACGCAUUAUGGGAAACAUUUUGUCUUUGGAUUUACAGCACAAAUUCAACAGGUGCUUUACAGCGGAUACAACGAAAUAUUGAUCUCGGCACCAUUCGACACAUAUGUUAAUAUCACUUUACACAAGUCUAGAAAUCCACUUCUGAAGGACAAAUACAUAAAAGCUGGAAACGUUUUGAAUUACAAGGUAUCACCAUGGAUCAGAAUGCAUUCAACAGUGGUCGAUACUCUGGGCAUAUCAGUGACCGCAAGCGCAGAUGUGGCAGUGUUCUGUAUAAACUACAGACUUUAUACUUCAGAUAGUUAUCUUGCAUUACCUACAAACGCCCUCGGCAGAAAGUAUGUUGUGGCAUCCUACGCCAAAUCAAAUGUGGGAAUCAUCUCACCACAAGACGAUACAAUCGUGCGCAUUAUACUCAACACAAAGGGAACUGUACGAUACAAUGGUAGAUCGUACACUAAGGGACAAAUAAUUAACGUAAAAUUGAAUAAGUUGGGAACAUUUCACUUGGAUCACCCAUCAGAUCUAUCUGGAACAAUCGUUGAAGCAAAUAAACCAAUAGCAGUCCUAUCAGGUGAUAAAUGUGCAAAAAUAAAAACUCGCUAUUGUGAUCAUCUGGUUGAAUUCUUACUUCCUGCACGUAACUGGGGCACAAAAUUCUUAGUCGCUACAACAGGAAUUAUGGACAAGAAUGAGGGAGAUUUUUUUCGUGUGUUUUCCUAUGAGAAUGAUACCCGCGUUCGUAGCAAACACGGAGAUCGAGUUUUGAAAUCCGGAGAUUUUACGGAAUUUGACUUACGCAAGGAGUUGUCUUCAUUCUUCGAAUGUAGUAAGCCAUGCCAAGUUGUUCAAUACACUAAAGGAUAUUCAAACAGAAGGGGUAAAGAGGUUGAUUCAUCCAUGUUAUUUGUACCGUCUAUCAGUCAUUUUCUGAAUGGGUAUCAUGUAUUUUUACUUGGAAUUAAAAAGAAUUCGUAUCAACAUUCGACAACUAUCCUUAUAAAAGCAUCGGAAAAGGACGGUCUUUUGGUGAAUGGCAAAAACGCAACUGGCUUCGUAUGGAAAAACAUAGAAGGAACCCAAUAUUCGUGGACAAUUAUUCAAAUAUCAAGCGAAACUGCAAUCACUCACAGUUCCCGAAAUGCAUUGUUCGGUGCUUUGGUGUUUGGUGAAGCCGAUUUUCAUUCCCAUGGUUACCCUGGUGGACUUAAUUUCCUCUUCAACGCAUCUGGUAUGUAUGUUAAAUAAAUCAGCGUACUAUUCUGAUGGUGCAGCCAUAUAUGAGGUGUGAUAUCCGCCAAAUUCAUAUAUUCAAUUAAGCCAUUAGAAAUUGCAUUUAUGAAGUUCAGUUAUGCAUGCAAUUAUGAUAUUCGAUAUUGUGUUAUUCGAAUUUCAUUCGGCGUGAAACAGUCAUUAUUGAAACUUCAUUCGGCGUGAAACAGUCAUUAUUGAAAUAGUCAUUCGGCAUGACACUCAGAAACCAAAAUUCGACAUCCGAUUUAGCGGGAAAAGCACGCGGGAAACUGUUAUUCCAACAUAAGCGAAAGCAAUUUAAGUCAACAACGUGCUGUUUCUUUGUUGCAAGAGGCGACAUGAUUAAUAAGAGGAUAUCCUGGAUCAUCAAAUGAUGUUUCUUCAGCAAAUGUUGCGGAGUCCAAAUGUAAUUUCUCAAAGCGAAUCGCAUGCUACUACAUCACCUGGCGUCACUGCCGUCAGGCCCGUCAAUACAUCAAAUCGAAAAAGAGUGUUGGGGAAUUUUAGAAAUCUUUUUGCGCCGUAUGGGCGUACUUGUCGCCAAAGCCUAAGUUCCUCAACCCAGUUAGCCCAACCACCGAAUAAGCGAAGGAAGAAUUUUGUUUCCAAUAUGUCUACAACACUUAUAUUUCUGUGUUGUUGACUUAAUUAAAUUGCAUUCGCCUUCGGCCAUGUUGGAAUUACAAUUUCCCGCAUGCUUUUCCCGCUAAACCGGAAGUCGAAUUUUGGUUUCUGAGUGCCAUGCCGAAUGACUACUUCAAUAAUGACUGUUUCACGCCGAACGAAAUUUCAAUGAUGACUAUUUCACGCCGAAUGAAAUUUCAUUAAUGACUGUUUCACGCCGAAUGAAAUUUCAGUAAUGACUGUUUCACGCCGAAUGAAAUUCGAAUAACAUAAUAUCGAAUAUCAUAAUGGCAUGCAUAACUGAACUUCAUAAAUGCAAUUUGCAAUAUUAAUAGCAUAAUUGAUAUAUGAAUUUUGGCGGAUAUCGCAUCUCAUAGCCGUACAGUGGGGUAGCCAGCCCGACGAUGCAGUCCCGCUAUGCACAUAUUGCCAUGUUUAUAAUCUAUAAACACAACCAAUUUCUAAAAAAAUGAAUGAUGGUAAUGAGUUGAAAUUUGUAUAGCGGGACCAAAUCGCGGUGCUGACUACCCCACCGCAGCUGUAUAAGCAAUUUCACAAAUUUCAUGGGACUGAGGUUCAAGUAAAUGAUACGCGAAGUAAUCAUAUGCCACAAAAAUGGGCGAAUGUAAUUCCACCUAAACUAAUCAGUUGGAUGUUGUUACAGUUACCGUUUCGAUUAGCAUUGCUAUGGCGCGAAUGUACAUGCCCUUAUAUAAUUUAUUUUAUCGUUGCAACGACUGUGAUAUUACUUUCGUAACUGUGUUUAUCCCAAACUACCCUGUUAACAAUAUUUCUUGUAAUAGGAGACCGGAAAACCCGGAGAAAAUCUACAUGUACUACUUUUGCCAGAGCUGUGGCUGGCUCUUUUCACAUGAAUCCAUAGUGAGAAUUAAAGCCAAAGUAGAAAUAAGCUCUUGCCCUGACGACUACCACACCAAAUCCAUGUGAUUAAAUUAUCCGGUUGUGAACCGAAUAAUUAAAUAAGUAAACAAAGUAUAUUAGAAAUAAACUCUUGCCCUGACGACUACCACACCAAAUCCUUGUUAUUAAAUUAUCCGGUUGUGAACCGAAUAAUUUAUUUCCAGAUAGAAGCAAUAUCUUGAUCCAAAGAUCAACCGUGCGUAAAUUAGUGAAAUAUUUAGUUUCACAAAGAAUAUGCUUGAAUUCUUUCCUUAAGAAGUACUGAUCCUUUAAAUUAACACCGCAAUAAGGUAAUCCUGUCGAUCAGCACGGAAACAUGAAACGACCGCCUCAUAAAUGACCAAGCGAGAUUUUGGUCUUUAAACCCAAAAGCAGCUGAUAGACAAAUUGCAAACAUGAAAAGCAAGACCAUAUAGUUGGACGAAAUAUACAAAUAACAAAUAUCUACACUCGUUUUUAUCCUAUUAGAAUAAAGUAGAAAUUAUUUUCAGAAUUCCAUGCAUCAUAUCCGACAAAUGAUUAUCUUUCUUGAGGCUUAAAACCUCAAAUUCGGACCAUUUUCUGAUCAUAUAAAUAACUGAUCACGAAUUACAGCAAGUAAAUAAUACAAGUGCUGUGAUUUACACUUUUUUGAGAAGUUCAGAUUUCACUUCUACUACGGAUCUGACUGGUCAAUCCGAUAUAUUAAACGCAUCUGAUUGGUUAAUGGUCCUUUUAUGGUAGCGGUAGUGGAAGUCAAAUCAUAACCUCUAUAGUUUUCGCUGCAUUAUGAUUAAAUGUUUAAAUUAUAUAAUACAAAUCAAUACAAAUUACUUCGGAUUUUCUUUCCCAGUAACAGCGUCAUGGUCUCAGUGGGAAGAAUGGUCUGACUGCUCAGUUUUGUGUAACGGUGGAAUCCAAACUCGAAGAAGGACAUGUAUUUCAACAAAUUCCAUACAGGAUGAUAACACGCAAUGUCUUGGAAAGCCAGACGAAUCUCGAGCAUGCGCAACAUGGAAAUGCGCUGGUGAGAAAUAUAGCUAAUGUAAUCAAGAGCAGCAUUUCCCUAGUCUCGAAGAUAUUGUUCUUGAUGACAAAGCAGUAGCCUAGUCAGCCCGACGAUUUAGUCCCGAUAUGCAAAUAUUUUCUUAUUCAUUGACUGGGAGAACAAUAAAUUUUUAUAGUGUCGAGUUGUCGAGUGCAAUUUGAAUAUAACAUGCACGAGUGAGUUUUUAAAGGAUCACAAAAUAGCACGAGUCUGAAGGACGAGUGCUAUUUGAGGUCUUUGAAAAAUUCACGAGUGCAUGUACAUUCAACUUUCACGAGAAACCAUGCUAUUACUUACUAAUACUUUAAAUAAAAAUGUUCGAGACAAUUGUAGUUUUAACUUACGCGUUUAUAGCGAAUAUUCCACUGGCAAAGUUUUCCUGGCUUUGUUAUAUCACAUUAUACAACGCUAACAGCUUGAAAAUUCCUCUCAACUAUGUAAUUUUUGUUAGUCUUGUUUAAGGUAAAUGCUUGUCCAUUUAAAAAUAAAGAUAAAAGCCAUAUUUUCCACGCGAUUGUGACGCGAAGGCAAUUUUUACUUUGUGUAGCGCAGCACCAUGUUUGUUUUGCUUUGAAGCAAUCUGUAAUAGUCAUUUCUUUAAAUUGGUCGAUUUAAUCAUCACAAUGUUUUUCCACCAAUCAGAUCAGUUUGUUACAGAUUUUUGCACUGUGAUUACCGAAAAUUGCACUGUGAUUACAAAAAAUUGGACUUGAUUACAGAAAAUUGGACUGUGAUUACAGAAAAUUACACUGUGAUUACAGAUUAAUUGCACUGCUGUUUGGGAUUAACUGCACUGAAUCAACCAAUCAAAGUCAAGUAAUAUCAUUAUGUAUAUUAUUAGAAAUAAAUAUUGAUACUAAUUCUGAAUUUGCAUAGCCGGACUAAAUUGUCGGGAUGGCUACGCCGCUGGUCAUAAGUCGAGUAUUCUUCCAAGUUCCACGUCGAAUUAUGCAUUGUGUAAUUAACCUCAUUUUUGAAAGGGUUACAAAGUCAUUGUCUCAAAAAGAUUGUAACAAAAGGAUUGCUAUUGAACAUGGCACUUGGCACCGUUGAACUUAAGCUUCCUCUCUUCAGUAGAGAUCGUGUUUCAUUUUCCCUAUGAAAUAAAUACAUUAAAACUGCAUGUUUAACGUUCCAACGCAGCUAAAAGAACUAACGUUUGAAUAUCACAUGGCAUUUCUUUUCAUGUAUAGUAACUUGUACGAACGUUUCAUCCAUUAAAAACGGUCAGAUUAGUGUUGACGGAACGCUGGAAGGAGAUAUAAUCAGCUUCACCUGCGAACAAAACUACGUGUUGGUAGGAGAGAAACGCCUAAGGUGUAUGAGCAGUGGAAAAUGGAAUGCUUCAGAACCAAAGUGCGAAGGUAUACAACCUCUCAAAUAGAAUCCAUAAUUUAAAUGUAUUUGACCUGCUGCAUGGAUAACAUAAAUCUUAAAUUAGUUUGCUAGAAUAUGGAGUAUUGUGUAAAUUGGUUACGCUACAGUACCUAAAGAGAUGUUCCUAUUUUCCUUGAUAACAAGUAUACACUAUAUACUAGAUUUAUGGGUGUUAAUAUUGAUGAAAAUCUAAAUUGGGAAUCUCAUAUUGGUACGUAAAAAUAUUGUAUUCAUCCUGUUUCUUUUUAACAGUUAAACCCAAAUUAUCGUUAUAUUACUCAUUCAUCUAUAUCCUGUAACGUUCCACGGUUAUCUCCUUCGUUACAAAUUUAAAUAUUUCCUAUUCCAUACAGCUCCUUUCUUUGCUAGCUUGAAUGUACUUGACAUCUUUAAACUCAUUUACAUAGCUAAGUUUAUAUCUAACAAUCAUAAUAAAUUAUCGAUCGUCUUGGUUCUUUCAAAAUGUUUUUGUAACAAACAGUCAAUUGCAUAAUUAUAAUGCCAUGUCAACAACUAAAAUAUAUACAGGUAGAAUGAACAUCAACAAUUGUCGAUUUCCUUUUCCAGUAGUAUACAGUAACAAGUGCUAGCAGUUUCUCUUGUCUUGAAAAGAUUAUGAGGGGACGUCUUUAUAACAAGCCUUGAAUUUAUACUAAAUAUGUUUGAAAUUCGCAUCUUGUAUAUUUGUAAAUAGUUAUUUUCUGAAUAUGUAUUUUGUGGCAAACGUUUAAAAAAAGGCUCAUUAAAUAUGAAAUAUUAAUUGUUAUUUUUUCGCAGAAAAGUGUUCCGAUCCGUCAAAAAGUACAAAUGCAAGAGUGAUAGGAAAUGAGUUCUACCAUGGCAAGGAAGUGAAGUUCGUUUGCCCCGAAGAUAAUAUUCUAAUUCCAGGAUCAUCGAAGAAGUUGACGUGUGAAAACGGAAAGUGGAAUGGAUCAUUACCGUCAUGUAAAGGUAAUAACAAUAUUAUGAGCGGAAAUGAAGUUUGA